UUUAAUAUUUAGAUAAACAAAUUGUUUCUAUUGAUAUACACGUUACGAAAGCAUGGGCCAUCCCAAGCCUAAUAAAGUUAAUAGCUUUUAAAUUAUAUGAUGCUUACCUGAACGAAAGUUGUUUGUCCCUUGAAGAAAUACCCCAAAAUAUUCACAACUGGAUAUUGAACAAUUUCGGUCUUUUCAGGUAACAUUAUGUUGACAUUGAAAUAUUUGAGAAAUGGUUAUUUAAACUAGUCUAUUUCAAACCAUCUUUGGGUGUUUAACGUGUUAAAAAAUGGACCAUUGGAUGAAACUACUCCUGCUACUGUUUGUCAUCUCAUCAGUAAGUCCGACACCACAUCAUCCAAGAAAUAAGCGAUCUGUAUUCCAUAACCCAAUCUUUUCGUCAGUGUUUCACAAUGCCAAUCCAUCAACAUCUUUUACUGAGAGAUUUUUUCAAGGUAGUAGACAUGGUGAUUGGUAUCGGCCUCAUUAUUAUCCAGAAUAUACACCACAUAUUAUAACAUCAAGUGAACAAACUCCCGUUUCUACAGCAAUAGCUGGAGAUGCAGAUACUGAUGUAGUGGAAGCGUCUAGAAGUAACACUGCUCUAGGUUAUGUCGGUGUGUAUAAAGUUCACGGUGUUAGUGAUGAGUAUGGGUUACCAAAAACAAAAAGCUUACAGACAGACUAUCCACAACUACCUGUUACAACCCACCAAGUUACCAGUUCUCCGGUAUAUGGAUUACCAAAAGUAAAAACCUUAGAGGCACCAAGUAAUCUUCACAAUUACCCAGAAUAUCCACCAUACUCUUUAAUAGCUCACGAUGAAGCUAAACGUUUUCCAUUAGCUCACAAUAUUAGGGAGGAGUAUGGAUUGCCAAAAGUAAAAACUUUAGAGCUAGAGAGUAAUCCACAUUAUUACCCACAAUAUCCACCACUAAGUGAACCAGAUCAUGAAGAAGCUACUGGUUCACCAAUAAUUAAUAAUAUUAAAAAUGAGUAUGGAUUACCCAAAGUAAAAUCUUUAGAUAUUGCAAGUAAUACAUAUUACUCAGAAUAUCCACCAUAUCUUGUAAAAGCUCAGAAUGAAGCUACAAGUUCUCCGGUAAAUCCAGAUAUUAGAGAAGAGUAUGGGUUACCAAAGGUAAAAACCUUAGAAUCGUGGAGUGAGAAUAAUCACACAACCCAGCCAAAAAUUUCUACAGAGUAUGGAGUUCCAACACAGAAAUCUAAUAAAUUAUUUGGCAAUGAAUUAUCAUCCUCAUCUUUUCAUCACGAUUCUUUGAAUAGUGACAAAAUUUCAGCAAGCAAGAGUCUAUUAUUAGCUACAGAGCGUUCAGUCAUCUCAGGAGGUGCAACUCGUUCAAACCAAGCUAGUUUUAACAAUCUAAAGACAUUAUUAUUGCAUAGGCAACAUAAUAAUCAACAUACUAAAGCAACAACUUUAAAUUCUCAAUAUGUACCACAAACAUAUGUGAAUGUACCGAGUUCUUAUAAGAUUAACGUUAUUCAACCUUCUUCAGAGUAUGGCGUUCCUCACGAAUACGUAACAGAAGUUAACCAUAAAGCUCACAUUGAACGAAGUCUUCCGAGAUCACAAGAAGCUAUAACACCAAUUAAUCCUGAAACUAUACCUUAUAAAUCUGCUCAAAUAUCAACUCAAUCUCGUUUAAAGCCUUUUGGAAGUUAUCGGGAACGGAAGAAGCAUAGGAAGGUACAGUACCAUGAAGAACGUACUGCUCCAGAGAACUACCACAUACCGCCACUGGGUGUUCUUCCAGGUGGCAUAUUCGGUGGACCUUGGGAGAGUGUAGCUCCUGAACAUGGUCUACCGAAAACCAAACCUCCUCGAGACUUUUUAGAAGGGAGUGGUAAGGUGAGAGGUAAUCACUCACAGAAUCAAGAGAUAAGGGGGUUUAAAAUAAAACCUGUUCCCUGGUAUGGACCAUAUUGA